GAACUCGCCCAAAAUGCAUCUUUCAAAAUAAAAGAAAACAACAAAUUUAAUCCAAUAGUCGACAAAACAUUAAACAAAUAUUUGCAAAAUAUUACACUCUUCCUCAAGUAAUAAAUUAAAAGGCUUAUAAAAAUAAUGAAAAACCAAUCCCAGUACAAAAUAAAUGCAUAACAACUCCAAGAUGAUGUCGUUACCAUCAAAUAAAAAUAAUUUCGAAGAUGCUAUCCGGCAUCAAAGCCCACCAUCGAACUAUUUGGGAGUUCAAAACUCAAUUGGGGUACAUCAAUAUUUAUUCGAAAAGAAAUAUAAAUAUACCAAAACAACCGAGUGGACGCUUCCACCAGUUGACGAGCUAUUUAAAGAAUUCUAUCAAUUUGAUAAUUUACAACAACUCAAACACGACUUGAAUGCCGUGAAGAGCAAACUCAAUGAUUAUGUCCUGGAAGACUGGAGUGUCCAUACAAAGAUGAAGGAUCCAUCUACGGAAAUUCCAUGGAAACUUAAGAAUGAAGUUCAAGCUGAAUUCGUUACAGUUGCAUGGUGCAAGUUAUUCGAAUGCCUGCAUCAAUACAAAAUGGUCAAAGAUGGAACUUUGAACAGCAUGCAUUUGUGCGAAGCUCCUGGAGCGUUUAUAGCAGCUCUGAAUCAUUAUUUGCAUUCUAACUUUGAUGAGGUAAAUUGGAAAUGGCUUUCAACCACACUCAAUCCCUACUACGAAGGGAAUCCUCUGAAUAAGAUGAUAAUAGAUGACCGGUUCUUGCUGCACACCCUAGAUCGUUGGCUCUUCCACGAAGAUUUCAGUGGAAACAUCAUGGACCCCGAAAAUAUCCUACACAUGGUCAAGGAAUGCAAAGAGAAACUUGGCGACGUUCACUUGGUCACAGCCGAUGGAUCGAUUGAUUGCGUUGAGACCCCAGACGAACAGGAAGAAGUAGUUUCAGCUUUGCAUUUUGCUGAGUUUUGCGCAGGCCUUCUUAUUCUUGCCAAAGGUGGGAGCUUCCUUCUCAAAAUGUUCACACUCUUCGAGGCGCCCAGUGUCAAUUUGGUAUUCUUUUUAAAUUGCGUGUUUGAGGAGGUGAAUGUCUUUAAACCAGCCACCUCGAAGCGAGGCAACUCUGAAUGCUAUCUGGUCUGUUUGAACUACCUAAAACCCGACAAUAUCGGAGACUACCUCGACGCGAUGAUGGCCAAAAUAGGAACCCGCAACAUUUUCCCCUUGUUUCCGAAAAAAUAUAUUCCAAUGGAUUUCUAUAUCCAGCACGAAGUGUGUAAUCGGAAAUUCAUGUUCGAACAGAUGCAGGCCAUCGAAUCGAACAUUUACUCCUACGAACUGAAGUCAAAGUUGGACAACAGGAAGUGCCAUGAGAUACGCAGUCAGGUGCGGCAGCUAUUCUUUGAGCGAUUUAAAGUAAAGCCGAUUGCACCGGAACAAAAGAUCCUACAAAAUGCUCGGAGUAAAAUUGUGUAUGGCAUUAAGACCCAAGUUUAUCGUGGUUCCCAUAACAAGAGGGUUUGCAUAAAGAAUCUGUCCACCGAGGAGCAACUGUUCCAUCUUCGCAAGGCAUUAAAUGAAAUUGAAAAAGUGUUUUUGUGGCAGUAUGAGCAAAUAGCUUGUUUGGUGGGAUCUCCUGAUGACCCAUUGCCAUUGAAGCUAUUUAGGGGGAAACCUUUGGUCGACUUGAGGAGCAGUCUAUUCGCGAAUGUGGAAAUACUAUUCCUGCGGCAAAAAAUAGUCUCACUCUACAAUAUAGAUCCUAUUGUACAAGGUAAACCUCAGUGUACUUUGGGAUCUGAGGAAAAUCGCGAACUAUGGUCUACUGAAACUGAUGGAAACCUUACCAAAUUUGAGGAUGACCACCAGAGGAAAUUUUAUUCCCAGAUUCUUCAGAAAAUAAUCGACAUUCAACCAAAGACCAUUCGAUUCAGCAAUGUUCUAUUUUUGACUCACUUUAGUGCUUCGAUUUUACGUUACCUCACUGCGAAUAUGUUCGUCACAUGUCGGAUCUCAGGAAACGGAGAAAUUAGCAUAGAAGUGAUAAAACAUUCUGCAGAAACAACCGAAAGUAUUCGAAAGCUUUAUGAGACUUUGAUGGAGAAUCCAGAUGUUCUGUGUUUUGUUGAUAUUGUGCAUUUGCAUCGCAAUCAAUUUUCAAACGCUAUUUGUGAUUACAACAAUCAAUUGCUAAUUAGCAAUAUCAAGGUUAUGCUUGGAGCUGAUUGAGAGACGACUUCCAGAGGCCAUUUUAUUUAACAAUCUUUUCUAUGUUCUCAUUUUAAUUGAUAGAAUUUAUAGAAUUUAACUGAAUUAAAUUAUAAAGAUCAAUUUUUAGCUAUUAAUUAUUUUAUUUUGAAUUAAAAUAUUAACAUUUUUGAAA